GUCUCACGUUACAGUAAGGCGUCACGCAUCCUAGAUAAUCCUACUACUAGCAUGAGUACAGUGGACUCGACCGUCGAAGGAGAACAGGAAGAGCCACAGAAUGCUCUGACAAAGAAAUUCACUGAAGCAGAGUGGGCAGCACUGAAAGGAUUCCGUAGCAUUCUACCCAGCGUUAUUGCAGAAGGAUACCGUGAUGAUCCUGACAGGACUGACGCCGAUACGAAACCCGUCAAGCUAUGGGGCGUCGAUAUAGAUCCUUCUAACCCGAUAGACGCUCGUGUCAGUGUCGUCCUCAUGAAGUUCUUACGAGCAAGGAAUCUUAGCAUACCUGAGGCUAAAGAUAUGUUGGUUUCGACCUUGCGCUGGCGUGAGUCUUUCAAGGUGGAAGAGGCACUCCAGGAGGAGUUCCCCGAAGAUAUCUUCGGACAGCUUGGAUAUAUAUACGGGCAUGACAAAGAGGGACGGCCUGUUGUAUACAACCUGUAUGGCGCAAACAAGGACCUCGACGCUGUUUUCGGCGACGUGAACCGUUUUUUGCGAUGGCGCGUCGCCUUUAUGGAAAAGAGUAUCGCUCUCCUCGAUUUCGAGACUAUCGACCAGAUGGUCCAAAUUCAUGAUUACGAUGGCGUAGGCUUUUCAAGCCGCACCCCGAAUUCCAAGAAUGCCGCUUCCGAAGCCUCGAGCAUCUUCCAGGGACACUACCCCGAGCUUUUGUCACGAAAAUUCUUCAUCAACGUCCCAAGCUUCCUCUCGUGGGUUUUCUGGAUAUUCAAGCCACUCAUAUCGUCUGCGACCUUGGCCAAAAUGUCGGUCGUUGGCAGCGGGAAACGCGCCAUCGGACAAGCACUGCUGCCGGUCAUUGACGCAGACCAACUUCCGAAACGAUAUGGGGGAGAGGCAGAUGCCUUUUAGUGCAAUGGUUGUUAAUUAGUCGCUAGUUUUCUUGUAAUGAUCGACAUGACCGUAAGGUGUCAAUCACAUUCAAUUAAUAUACCCAAUUAGACUACGUGCUCACCGUUCCUGACAUGCUCUAUGAAAUGAAAUGCUUUUUUUGUACUGCAAA